CUUUACAACCAUACAGCUGUUCAAUAAUAAAAGCUCGGAAUGGUACAGUCCAACUAGGCGGGUGCUUCACCGUGACGUCACCGGGUUUAACCAAUCAGCGUUUGGAGCGAGGGAAAUUCGAAUUCGUAGUUGAAGCAGUCGCUGGGACAGGGAAGGGAGGAAGAUACCGCACCCGGCCGCAACAUGUCGGAGGGGGAUGCCGUCAAAGUGUGCCUGAGGGUCAGGCCGCUCAUUUGCAGAGAACAAGGAGAACAAGUGAACCUAUUAUGGAAAGCUGAAAACAACACCUUAUCUCAAGUUGAUGGAACAAGGUCUUUUAAUUUUGAUCGUGUCUUUCAUUCACAUGAAACAACAUCUCAAGUUUACCAGGAAGUAGCAGUUCCUAUUAUCUGUUCUGCUUUACAGGGUUACAAUGGCACAAUUUUUGCCUAUGGACAGACAUCAUCUGGAAAAACAUACACAAUGAUGGGUUCACCGGAUAAUCUGGGAAUAAUCCCUCAAGCCGUUCAAGAGGUUUUCAGAAUCAUUCAGGAGAUACCAAGCAGAGAGUUCUUGUUACGUGUUUCCUAUAUGGAAAUUUACAAUGAAACCGUCACAGAUCUCCUUUGUGAUGACAGAAAAAAGAAGCCUUUGGAAAUACGCGAAGAUAUCAAUCGUAAUGUAUAUGUUGCUGACUUGACUGAAGAGCUUGUAAUGGUCCCUGAGCAUGUUUUGCAAUGGAUCAAAAAGGGGGAAAAAAACAGGCACUAUGGCGAGACAAAAAUGAAUGACCACAGCAGCCGCUCUCAUACCAUAUUUAGAAUGAUUGUUGAAAGCCGUGAGAGAAAUGAUCCAGCAAAUUCAGAAAACUGUGAUGGAGCGGUUAUGGUGUCUCAUCUGAAUCUUGUUGACUUGGCUGGAAGUGAAAGAGCAAGUCAGACUGGUGCAGAAGGUGUGAGAUUUAAAGAAGGAUGUAAUAUUAACCGAAGUUUGUUUAUCCUCGGGCAAGUUAUUAAAAAGCUGAGUGAUGGGCAAGCUGGCGGUUUUAUAAAUUACCGAGACAGCAAACUCACACGUAUUCUUCAGAACUCAUUGGGAGGAAAUACAAAGACUGUGAUCAUUUGUACCAUUACACCAGUUUCAUUUGAUGAGACCCUAAGCACUCUGCAGUUUGCAAGCACAGCCAAACAUGUAAGAAAUACUCCACAUGUUAAUGAGGUGUUGGAUGACCAAGCUUUGCUUAAAAGAUACAGAAAGGAAAUUAUGGAUUUGAAGAAACAGCUUGAAGAAUUGGAGGCCUCUUCUGAGAUAAAAACCCAAGCCAUGGCUAAAGAAGAACAUUCCCAGUUACUAGCAGAAAUUAAACAACUUCAAAAAGAAAGGGAAGAUCGGAUAUGGAAUUUAACAAACAUAGUUGUUGCGUCUUCUCAGCAGUCCAUUGAUGACCAAAGGGUUAAACGAAAAAGGAGGGUCACGUGGGCCCCAGGGAAGCUCAAAGAUAGCUUGUGUACAGUUGGGGUUUCACCGUUUGAAAUUGGCUCUAAAUUGACUGCUAACUUUGCCAAGCGACCAAAGGUUUCUGAAAUGUCAUCAAUAGCAGAGAUUGACGAUUCGAUAUGUACAGAGUUUUCUGACUUUGAUGCAAGCCGUGUACUUGAUGAUGCCCAAGAUGCAGACUGGACUUUUGGAAACAAAGUUACUCGAAGGGAGAGGACAACAACUCUCUCUCACUCCAUGAUAGAUUUUUCAGAAAACUCAAGCACUCUGACAAAAGAAUUUUCCCUUCAAAAAUGCAAAGAAAUGGAACAGAAAGUGGCAGAGUUAGAAGACAAGCUGCACACACUGACUAAAGAAUAUGACAUGGAAGUUGGAAAAAGAGAAUCUCUUGAAAAAGAGACUUCAGAAUUAAAACAACAACUUCAAUCACAAAACAAGAGAGAUGUGUCAACUCUAGAGCUGGAGAUAACCAGCUUAAAAGACCAGAUUCAAAGUCUACCUGAAGAUGGCAAACAAAGCCCUCUUCCCAGAAACCUCUUGGAUGUACCUGAAGAAUUAAUGCCACUGAAAAGUGACAUCGAGCAAGAGCAGAAGAAAUUGAAUUGCUUGCCCUUCAGUGCUCUAGAAGAGGGCCAGGAUCCUGUCCAGGAACAACUUUCUAGCCAUACUCAUGAUAUCUGCCGGGAACAAAUCCAAAUGCUUGAACAAAAGAUAGCAGAUUUGGAAGGAAGUAACGGUCCUGAAAAUAAUGAACAAAAUGACUUAAUGGAAACUCUUCAAAUAUGUGAAGCUCUAAUGGCAGAAAAACAAGGCACUCAUGAGGAAUUGGAGAUAAUGAAGAAUAACUUUGAUCAUUUAGUAGCUGAGAAUGAAAGCCUGAAAAGAGAAAUUGCUGACUUGGAAAAAUGUCUUCAGGAGAAAUAUGAAACCAAUGAAUUUGAAAUGUUGGAGAAACAAACUCAAAAAGAUCAUGAGGCACAAUUAAUCCAUGAAAUUUCCAGUUUAAAGAAGUUAGUUGAGAAUGCAGAGGUGUACAACCAAGAGCUUGAGAAUGAACUGGAAAAUAAAUCUAAUCUUCUGAAAGAACAAGAAAAAAUAAUAGCAGAACUGAAGAAAGAUUCUGAAAUGCUACAAAAGAAAGUUAGAUAUUUAGAUCUCACAGCAUCCAUGGGUGACGGUGAAAAGCUGUGCGAAGAAGUGUUUCAGAUGAGGCAGUCUCUUUGUGAUGCUGAAACAGUGACUCGUGAUUCUCAGAGGGAAGCUGCCUUCCUGAGAAGUGAGAAUCUGGAGUUGAAAGAGAAGAUGGAUGAGCUCUCAAUACGCUGUGAGAAAAGGGAGAAAGAUGCCUCGGAUUCUGAAAGACAACUGGAGAUAGAGAAGUCUAAUUACAAGAGGAUGCAGGCCGACUUUCAGAAGGAAUUACAGAACGCCUACAAUGAGAUUAACCAGAUCAACGGCCUCAUGGCUGGAAAAGUUCCCAAAGAUCUCCUGUCUCGUGUUGAGCUUGAUAAGAAGGUUGCAGAAUAUUCAAAGCAGCUGGCAAAUCUUUUGGAAGAAAAGACUGCUUUAACACAGGAGGUUGCGAGCUUGUCUGAAUACAAAUCUUUACCAAGUGAAGUUGAACACCUUAAAGACCAGGUCCAGAGAACCUCAGAGGAGCUUAUCGUAUUAAAGAAUGAAAAAGAACAGUCUGACUCUAUGGUAAUGGACCUAAAGCAUCAGCUGCUAGAAAAAACAGAACAGAUUGAGAAACUGACAGAGGAGGUAACACAUGUACAGGCAAAAUGUCAACAAGCUGAACAGCAAUACGCUGAACUGAAGAUGCUGCAUGAAAGCCUACAAGAAAGAUGUUCACUUACAGCCGAAGAUCUGAACAAAAAGGACUCGGAAGCUGAAUGCUUGUUGAAAGAAAUGGAUAAACUCAAGCAGUCUUUGGAAUGCAUGGAACAAAAACUCUCGGCCGUGGUGGUGGAGAAAGAUGAGCUGAUUCAGGCUAAACAGGAACUGGAAACUAGUGUUAAAGAGUUGGAAGAAUUGCUUAGAUCUUCUCGUAUGGAAAAUGAGUCUCUCCAAGGUCAAGUGAAUAAUCUGUCUUGUGAAGUUACUAUUCUUCAGCAACAAACAGAAAAGCAAUCUGAACUGCACAAGGAAAAACAAGGUUUAGAAGAAAAGUAUAAUGCAUUGGAUUCUGAAAAGGAACAUCUUCAGGAGCAGUUACAAGGAGCAGCACUGAAAGAGCUUCAAGAGGAGUUAAAACUGGUUGUUCAGAAUCGAGAUGAACUUCUUACUAAGGUGGAAGACCUUAAAGCUGAAAAGGAUAACUUACAGCAAGAUUUAAAUGAAAACAUUGAACUGUCCAUUGAAACACAGGAUGAGCUGAGGGCAAUGCAGGAGGAACUUAAACAGCACAAGCAACUUGUUGCCGACCUGAGAAAACAACUUGCUGACUGCGCCGGAGAUGCCUCUCCACAAGUGGAAAGCCAAAGAAAUGAUCUAGAGGAGAAGUUGUCCACAAUGACUGAAAAACUACAAGAAAGUAAAGAAAAAUAUGAAACUCUUAAUAAUGAGAAAAUGGAACUUGAGAGAGUCCAUCAAAGCCUGCUUUCUGAAAUGACGUGUCUCCAGGAAUGCAUGCACUCUGCAGAAUGUGCUCUGUCUAAGGUGGAGGAAGAAAAUAAUGAGCUGAAGCAAAAGCUCGAAGAGCAGCUGAAAUCUAGGGAGCCAGAGGAGCAAAUGAAAAACACCAAUCUGCAAGAAAGUGAAAAUCUGGAAAGCGAUCUCAGUAGCCAAGUGAAACAGGAAGAUUAUGUAAAAAGCCUUAAUCUACAAGAGCAGAUGUUGGCCAUUCUGCAAGAGAAAGAUGCCUUACAUGAAUCCCUGAAUAACAUAACUGCUGAAAGAGACCAACUGAAACUGGACUUACAGGAGAACAUAGAAAUGUCCAUAGAGACACAGGAAGAGUUAAGAAGUGCCCUAAAUGAGCUAAAGGUUAAAACCAAAGAACUGGAAUCUCUGAAUACACAAAUAAAUGAAAACAAGGUGGGAGAAAAUGAAAAAUUGAAUGGUUUGGGUGACCACCUGAAACAGGACUGUGAGAAAUAUUUAGCCCAACUUGAAGUGGAAAAGUCCGACAGAACUAAGCUCCAAUGUGAGGUUGAAGGAAAAAACAGGAAGAUCGAGGAACUUGAAACUCAACUGGAAGAUAUUCUCAGAAACUUUCAAGAAACUGAGUCAAAGUAUGAAAUAAUGGUACAAACACUUGAACUGGUCACCAAGGAAAGGGACCAUUUAACAUCUCCCUUAUCUGUUAACAACAGCAAUAAACAGUUCAUGGACAAACAGACAAAAGAGCAAGAAAUACAGGUCUCAGAAAUGCUCGUAAACCUUGAUGGAUUAAAUGAUAUCCCAAAAAGCCUAGAAGAGACUGAAACCGAGAGGAAUCAGCUGAGAGAGACUCUUGUUCAAUUACAGCAACAACUCCAUUUAGUUUUCCAAGAGAAAGGAGAACUCCAGCAGAUAAUCGAUAAUCUUAAAACAGAGCGAUGUGAACUAAUGACUAACCUGCAGAGGCAUACGGAGAAUGAGGCCUUGAGAGCUACAGAAGAAUGUGGUCUCAAAAAUGAAAUCGAGAAGCUCAAAGAACAACAAAGUACUGUUCAGAAACAGUUAAAUGAUCCAGAUUCUGUAGAAGAUGUAAACACUUCCAAGGAAAUAAAUGGUUUAGAUGGCUAUGCAGAACAAAGGCACGAGUUUGGCGACAUGGAGAUAAACCUAGGUGAAGAAAAUGUCACCAAGAAUCCCACCUUGCUGGAAGAGAUGCAGGGGGAGCUUCUUAGCAAACUCCGUUUACUUCAAGAAGAAUUGCAGAAAGAGGUUAUACACAGAGAGGAACUCCAGUGCAAGCUGGACAGUGUGCUUACUGAAAAUGCCUGUCUAAAAGAAAACUUGGAUUCAGUCUUGGCGUGUUCCUCCAAAACACAGGAAGAACUACAGAGAUGCCAGGAGGAAUUGAACCAGCAGAUCCAUUUAGUUAAUAAUGUUAGAAUGGAAGCCUCCAGCAGCACCUCUAGAGAUGAAAAGGAAACCAUAACUGACUUGCUGCCAUCCUUGGAAGAGGAGGUUCUUGGCUUACAAGAAAAGUUGCUGCAGAAGAACACUGAAUAUCAACAACUUAUUCAGAACAAAGAAAGACUUGAGCAGGACAAGAACACUUUAAGCUCUCAAGUUGAAGGUCUUACGAAGGAUAUGAAGGAAACCCAGUUAAUACUUGAGUCAUUAGAAAAAGAAAAACUUGAAGCUAGAAGGCAACUUCUUGAUCUUCAGCGUGAAUUGGAAAUAAUUGUUCAAGAGCGAGAUCAUCUGAAAGACUCACAGCAAAGAUUCAUCUCUUCCACAGACCAAGAAAAUCAGACAGAAAAUAAUGAACAGACUUCCCACUUUGGAAAUGAUCUGGAGCAAAGAGCCACUCAGUGCCAUCAUGAGGAUUUUGUACAAUCCAACUUCUCCUUAAAUAAUGAUUUAGAAGUACUGAAAAUGAAUUUGAAGAACAGUGAGGCAGAACUGGAAAUGCUGAGAAGUGAAAAGUAUGACAAUGAGCAAAAGAUAAAUCAUCUCAAGCAACAAGUGGAACUUAUCACUGGAGAAUCGGAAAAUCUAAAGAUGGCACAACAGUGUCUUGUAUCUGAGAGGGACAAACUCAAAGAAGAGCUCGAGAAGAAUGUUGAAAAGCUUUGCUGCUUACAAGAAGAGGUACUUGGGAAUGCAAAUGUACAUGAAGAACUUAUUCAGAGGAAAGAAGAACUUGAACAGGGACAAAUUGGUCUAAAAAGUGAGAUAGAAAGUCUGUUAGAGACUUUGAAGGAGGCUCAAUCUACACUGGAAUCCUUACAAAACGAAAAACUGGAAACAGAACAGCAGCUCUCUACUCUUCAGCAGCAAAUGAAUGGGCUUACUCAAGAGAGGGAUGAACUCAACGCAAUGAAGCAAAAAUUAACUUUGGAAAUGUCGUCUCUUAAAGAAAACAUGAAUACUGAAGAGGACCAACUAAGGACACCCGUGAAUGAAGAGGCUAUGCAGUCCAUAUGUAACAAUGUGCUAGAUAACCAUUUGAAUAACAUGGAGUCGGAGCUGGCAUCCUUGCGUAAGGAGAAAUCGGACAUUGAGGAAAAGCUUUUUAGUCUUCAGCAACACCUGGAAAGCAUGGUGGAUGAAAGAGAUGAGCUAAAGGUUAGACUUCAGAGCCUGGUGUCAGAAAGAGACCAUUUGAAGGAGGACCUCAAAGAUAAUGUAGACAUGGCUGUUGAAACUCAAGAUGACCUUAGAAAGGCACAAGGGGAUCUUCAGCAGCAGAAAGAGAGGGUAGAAGAGCUGAUUUGUAACAUUGUGUCCUUAGAACAAAAGUCAUCCACAGUAGAGAAAGAAUUGCAAAAAACUGUUUCACUUUUGAAGGAAGCCAACAGCGAAAGAGAGGUUUUUGAGCAGACAAAGCAGAAACUGGUACUCGAACUAGAACAUCUUCAUAAUAGCAUCAAAAACAAAGAAUUUGCUUUAGGUGAAUCUGAAAAAGAAAGAUCUAAAGCAUGCCAAAAAAUUGCUGACCUAACUGAACAACUGAAAACUGUGUCGGAGGAGAGGGACCAAGUGCAUCUUACAAAGGAGGAAUUGCAGAAACAGUUCAGAGAAACUCAAGAUGUGCUCAAGCAGAUUGAAGAAGACCUUCACCAGCAGGAGCAGAACGUAGAAAAGCUGACAACUGAUAUGGCUUUGCUGGAAGAUAAGUACUCUUCACUAGAGAGAGAACUGCAAGAAAAGGUUCAUACCCUGAACAAAGCUGUUCAGGAGAAACAGAAUUUUGAUCAGUCUAAUGAAGAUCUGACUUCUGAAAUGGAACAAAUUAUGGAGGAGUUAAAGAGCAAGGAUUCUGACUUGAAACAAGCAGAGAAGGAGAAAGAAGCAGCUUCUCAGAAAAUACUUGAACUCACCAGCAUAAUGAAAAGUAUUACACAAGAAAGGGAUGACCUGAAGCAUUCUAAUGAAAACCUAGAAGAAGAGGCUAAGAAAUUAAGGGAGGAAAUACAGCAGCUAAAACACGAGCAUACAGUCCUCAGCAAUGAGCAGGCGAGGAAGACUUGCCAGUUAGAUGAACUUGAAACUGAACUCCAACAACUACAAGAGAAGAUGCACCUCAGUGAUGCUUCCACCCAUCAACUUGUGGUGGAUAACGUUGCACUACUAAAGCAAACACAGCAAUAUGACUUGGAGAUGGCAUCUCUACGCCAAGAACAGGAACAGUUCCAACAGCUGCUCCAGCGAGCACGAAGUGAAAAAGAAAAUAUAUGUGCCAGUUUGCAAGAUCAAGAAAAAGCAGUUGCACGGCUACAAGAAGAACUGGUUACGUCUCAGGCAAAACUUCAGGCUGUGCAGCGGGAGUGCGAUGAGAGCAACGCUCAUCUGAUUGAGAAAGUUAACGAAGUAAAUGAUAUGUUAAAGGAAAUCUCUUCUCUGCAAGAUCAAAUGCAGCAAUUGCGCCAGGAGGUGAAAGAAGAAAAGAUGAAGAACCAUGACCUGUGUGAAAAGGUGGAUCUCCUGGAGAAAGAAAUUCGAGUGUUGCAUUUAAUACAGAGCGAACCUACGCAAGAAGAAGAUGAACUAGCAGAACGUACUGAAAUUCUAGAACAAAAGAAUCAAGAAUGGAAGGAGCUUAUGGUGAAUAUUUCCACCGUGUAUUCAGAUCAUCAAAAUUUGCUGAACAACCUCUCCAGUGAUCUUCAAAGUGAAACUGAGGCUCAAAAACAGUCAAUGAGUGCUAUAAAGGAAUCCCUGUCAUCAACACAUUCUAGGGCGUUUGGAAAUCUACAAACUGAACAUAUCAAGUUAAAUUCUCAAAUGCAAACCUUGCUCAACAAGUUUAAGGUUGUAUAUAGAAAUGCAGCAGUCAAAGAUGAAUAUUACACUUCUGUCAAGGACACUGAGAGUGAAUUAUGUGCAGUGCAAAAGAAAAACGAUGAGCUGCUUCUUCAGUGUCAAUCUCUCGAACAACAUGGCACAAAAUGGUCUGAGGGUGCAGCAGAGGAACUGAAGUUCUGUGAACUUGAAUUCAUGAAUCAGCUUCUAAUUAGGAAAAUGGAGGUGAUGAAGCAUGUGGAAGCUGGCUUUUCCGAGGUCAAAGUUGCUCUAAAUAGUAUGGAAACUGAUCUUAAUGAAGAAAUUAAAUGCAAAAGAGAAUUCUCUGUGUGGUUAGAAGAAUUUAAAGGCUUACACUUUGAUUCCAAAAAUCUCCAUGAUGGAGUUCUUCAGGAGAACAGACGAAUUGCUGGUGUAAUCCAGCAUUUAACAAAGCGACUGAAGAUAUUUGCACAGUCUAAAACAAAGCAAGAUACAAUGAUGUAUCUCAACAGUUUAAAUACAGAGUUACAAGAGAAGAAGGAAAAAAAUAAGGAACUGCUGCAAAGGAUGCAGCAAAGUGCACCAUCUGGCGACUCUAACAUCUUAGAAGAAGAAAAUUCAGCAUUGCGCAAAACUCUGAAAAAUGUCCAAUUGGAAUUAAAGAAAAUGCAGAGCCGGAUCCAGGAUUUAGAAAAUGAACUGAGUUCAGCCAAAGCUGAUUCCAAACGAAAGGAACAAAAGGCAUUGCUGCUGGAAGACGAGCUGCGCUCCAGCACUGCAGAGUCUCAGCUUUCUGAGAUGCAGCUUAAGGUGACUGAGAAAGAAAAACAUCUCCAGACAGUGCUGAAGGAAAUAAAGGUUCUCCAGGAAAAGAUUGCCAAAGGUGCAGCACCAUACACAGAUGAAAUCGACAGCCUCAAAAAUCAAGUUGUAAGGGUUGAGAUGGAAAGAAUGAAGUUGUCAAAAGCUACAGACCAUCAAAUUGCUUCCUUAAAAGCUUGUAUAGAAGACAGAGAAACAUGUUUACGAAAACUAAAAGAACAGCUCAGAAGAAACCAAAAAGAAACAGAUACUACAAUUUGUUCUGAAAAUUCCAGUUCCUCCUCACAGUACCCUCUGACAUGCGGGGGCGGAAGUGGGAUUGUACAGAGCACGGCUAUGCUUAUGCUUCAGUCAGAAAAUGCUGCAUUGAAAAGAGAAAUUGCACAGUACAAGAAAAAAUGCCAUCAGCUUUCAAGGAAUAUCUCCUCUCGUGAAGAUGAACUUAAAAAGCUGAAAGACAGAUCUUCUGAGACCCCUUCUACCCCACUUAGUUUAUCUCAUCAUGACGAAGUUAUGUCUUAUAGCAAAUCAGACCUUUAUAAGAUGACCCCAGCUUCUCCAAAAAAAUCAGAGAUACCCAUUCACCAUGUAGCUUCACCUGGCAAAACUGGGGUACAUAAAAAGCGGGUAUUAUCUCCAGCUAAGAUUGAGAUGCACAAAACUCAACCAAUGUCACCAAGUAAGAUGGAACGACACAGUGUUCCUACUAUGUCUCCAGGAAACGCUGGUCUUUAUAGAAAACGUCCUGCUUCUCCACUCAAGACAGAUGGAUCCUUGUUCAGCGCUUUGACCACAUCACCCUGUAAAAAACAAACUUUGCCAGAAAAAGUAGACUUGCCUAAAGAUAAAUUCUUCGAUGUGAGGGCAAAAUCUUUACCUUACUGCCCAAGCAAAUUUUUUGAUAAUUCCUGCCUUGGCACUUUACCAGAUCCGUCUACACCACCUUCAGCUAAUAAUCCUUGUGUAGAAUCAGAAACAGAUUUAUACGCUGGAACUACUACUGAAACAAGCGACAUCAAUAACUGGUGGGAUCGAGCAGGAAAAACUGAAAAUCCAAAUGACUGUAAGACCUCUUAAGCUACAGGCCAUACCAAGAUGAAGAAAAGCCGUAACGUGGCUCAUCAACCAUUGUCCGCCAUUGCUGCGUCAUCACACAUGGCCGUGUAGUUUCCGCUCCACAAACUUGACACCCGUGUUGCUCUGUUGCAACUACUGAAUAGAAACUGCUUUUGUGCACUGUAAUUUAGAUGUUUAUAGAAAUGUAACACAUUAUUCUUAUUACUAAUCAUUGUUGGGAUUAAAUGUCUUAAAUAUUUGAAUAUGUAAAUAGAUCUUUCACGUAGGUUAGGUUUUCAUAUUAGCUUUAUCACUUUCCUUUAAAAUAUUUGUUUGUCCUCAUGUCUUUCUGUAGUCUGAUCUGAUAUUAAUGUUGUCUGUUCACUUAAAUAAAGUGCAAUAUUUAUUAAUGCUUUAAAUAUGCUUUUAUUACAUUACUGUGUCUAAUAGGAAAGCUUGUAAAGAAAAUGAUGUAGGCGCACCACAUGGUCAUGUUGAAUGCUUAGACCCUGUUCACACUACUUAUUGUACACAUUCUGGAUGCUGGGCAUUGGAUUUUAAAAAAUACAUUUUAUAUACAAUGCAAUUGGAAAGUCUUCAGUUCAGACCCUUUUACUUUUUUCACAUUUUGUAAUGUUGAGUUCUUGUGAUAAAAUAAAAAAAAAACGUUUU